AGUGAAGGAUCUACGGCCUCGUCCACGGGCCCGGCUUCUGCACUGUCAACAGUGUCACCUGGGAGCUCUAGCAGCCCAGGCCCCGGCGCAGGAUCCACAGCCCGCUCCAGCAGUCCAGGCUCAGCUCCCACCACACCGUUCUCGGCCGGCGCCGCGACCUCCGGCCUCAGCCAACCGUCCACCAGCCUCCAGAGCAGCCCGGGCUCUACACACACCAGGGCAUCGGCCGGCACUUCCCCCUCCCCCGGAGUUAGUGACGGAUCCAGCACUGCCCAGAGCAGCUCGGCCUCCGCACGCGGCACAGCGUCACCCGUGAGCCCCACGUCACCAGGGUCCGGUGAAGGCUCUACGUCCUUCCGGAGCAGCCCGGGCUCUACGCACACAGCAGCGUCAGCUCACGUCCCGACAAGCUCUGGCCUCAGCGAAACCUCCAGAGGCUUGGACAGCACCCCCAGCACCACUGCCACGGCGGCGCCACCUGACAGCUCCAGAAGCCCCAGCCUCGGUGCGUCCUCUACGGCACUCCACAGCAGCCCGGGCUCCGCUGCCUCCACGCAGCUGGCAUCUGAGGCCGCUACGACGUCUGCCAGCAGCCCAGGCUCCCCACACACGACGGUGUCACCUGCCAGUUCCGUGAGUCCUGGUGGACCCAGCGAGGGACCUACAGCCUCCCAGAGCAGCCCGGGCUCAACACACAGAACACUGUCACCUGGCACCUCCCCAACGGCGGGUGUCCCCGGCGCGUCUACCACCUUCCCAAGCGGCUCAGGCUCACCACACAGCACGGUGUCACCUGUGGGCUCCUCCACAGCAGGACGCAGUGAAGGAUCUACGGCCUCGUCCACGGGCCCGGCUUCUGCUCUGUCAACAGUGUCACCUGGGAGCUCUAGCAGCCCAGGCCCCGGCGCAGGAUCCACAGCCCGCUCCAGCAGUCCAGGCUCAGCUCCCACCACACCGUUCUCGGCCAGCGCCGCGACCUCCGGCCUCAGCCAACCGUCCACCAGCCUCCAGAGCAGCCCGGGCUCUACACACACCAGGGCAUCGGCCGGCACUUCCCCCUCCCCCGGAGUUAGUGACGGAUCCAGCACUGCCCAGAGCAGCUCGGCCUCCGCACGCGGCACAGCGUCACCCGUGAGCCCCACGUCACCAGGGUCCGGUGAAGGCUCUACGUCCUUCCGGAGCAGCCCGGGCUCUACGCACACAGCAGCGUCAGCUCACGUCCCGACAAGCUCUGGCCUCAGCGAAACCUCCAGAGGCUUGGACAGCACCCCCAGCACCACUGCCACGGCGGCGCCACCUGACAGCUCCAGAAGCCCCAGCCUCGGUGCGUCCUCUACGGCACUCCACAGCAGCCCGGGCUCCGCUGCCUCCACGCAGCUGGCAUCUGAGGCCGCUACGACGUCUGCCAGCAGCCCAGGCUCCCCACACACGACGGUGUCACCUGCCAGUUCCGUGAGUCCUGGUGGACCCAGCGAGGGACCUACAGCCUCCCAGAGCAGCCCGGGCUCAACACACAGAACACUGUCACCUGGCACCUCCCCAACGGCGGGUGUCCCCGGCGCGUCUACCACCUUCCCAAGCGGCUCAGGCUCACCACACAGCACGGUGUCACCUGUGGGCUCCUCCACAGCAGGACGCAGUGAAGGAUCUACGGCCUCGUCCACGGGCCCGGCUUCUGCUCUGUCAACAGUGUCACCUGGGAGCUCUAGCAGCCCAGGCCCCGGCGCAGGAUCCACAGCCCGCUCCAGCAGUCCAGGCUCAGCUCCCACCACACCGUUCUCGGCCAGCGCCGCGACCUCCGGCCUCAGCCAACCGUCCACCAGCCGCGAAAAGCAGCUCGGCCUCCGCACGCGGCACAGCGUCACCCAUGAGCCCCACGUCACCAGGGUCCGGUGA